UGACCCACGCUUUCGCAAUAAUCGCAAUCAGUAAGUGACAUAUUUCUAUAUAUGGUUAAGAAGUGCCUUGUGAGUGUACAAAAGCGCGUUGAAGAUCGAGUUAUCACCAAGUUGAGAAGCGAAGCUUUCGCCGAGCGUUAAACGAGCAAAUUACCGGUAAGGAUACUGACGGACCCGCAAAAGUAUCCACGAGUGUUUCCCGAUUGACGGCAGUAUGGAGACUGUACUUCAGCAGAAAGUCAUAGAGGUUGCCAGCCACGUUGAGCAGCAGUUGGACGCGGAAUUGGAGAAGUUAGACAAGUUGGAUAUCAACGAUUACGAAAAGAUACGCGCGCACAGAUUGAACGAACUGAAGCGGAUGCAGAAACGAAAGCAGGAUUGGCUGGCUUCGGGCCAUGGAGAAUAUGCUGAGUUGUACGACGAGAAAGAGUUCUUCGAAGUAUCAAAAAAGUCAGAAAACAUAGCUUGUUUAUUUUACAAAGAUGACUCGCCGCGAUGUAAAAUAGUGGAUCAUCAUUUCAAGAUUCUUGCGAGGAAACAUAUCGAAGCGAGAUUCUGUAAACUGAAUGUUGAGAGGUGUCCCUUUCUCACCGAACGAUUACGGAUCAAGAUUAUACCUACAAUUGCGUUAAUUGUGAACGGCAAAACCAAGGAUUAUAUCGUGGGCUUCACUGAAUUAGGAAACUGCGAUGAUUUUUCUACAGAAACGUUGCAGUGCCGUCUUGCACAAUCUGGCGUGAUCAAUUAUGAUGACGAUCUGCAGCCUUCGGAAACCGGCAAAAAGUCACUUAUACUUAAGCCUUCAAAACCCAAAACCAUCAAGGGACGCAGCUCAGAUGAUUCUGACGACGACUGAGGUCGUACAUCCAGAUAUAAAAGUUUAUGCAUAUUUGUUCACAUCUUUCUCAUCUUGAACAUUAUGUUUUUGUCUCGUUUAAUAGAGCGAGCUUUUAUAAUAAAGUUUAUGUUUUAUAUUUUGAUACUCGGAAUGUAUCUAAUUUUUUUAGCAUAAUAGUUAAAUUUCUAUAUGUUAACAAUUUUUGAAUUAUUUUUAUAUUAAAAUAUUUCAAUAGUAAAUUAAGAGAUAUUGUUAGCAGUUGAAAAACGAUGUUUUUCGUAAUAUCUAUACAAUUCAAAAUAAAUUAUAGUUUCAACACGUAAA